ACCGAGAGGGCCGGGGGGAGUAGGAGAACGUUGAGGAAGACCACAAAGGCGGAUUAUCCAUCGGUGCUGGACGUGAUGGAUGCCGCGAUGAAUCAGGUACUAGAGGAGCAAAUGGAGUGGCUGGUGGCGAGGUGGAACGCCGAGAACCCCGACGCGACGCCGCUCGUGGUGGAAGCGCUCACGGAGGAGCAGCGAGAGUCGCUGGAGCGAGAGCAUUUGGCCAGGGAGGUGUUGAUUGGUCAGGCGUACGUGGAUAAGAUGGCGGCGGAAGACAUGGCAAGACUGGAGUUGGAGAAAACAAAUCCGAAGAAGGAUCCCGACGAGCGGUCUUACCAAUCUUACCGAGAGAACUGGGAGUGGAAAUAUGCUGAAGAGUUCGGCUCCUUCGAGGCCACGACUCUGAUCCCAGCCAUGUGUUUCACGGACAAGCCGACGAAGCCUGGUGUUACUAACCCCAAGCGUAGUAUGCAGAUCUUUUGAGUUAGAG